UGAUUUUUUUUUACCGUAAAGCCGCAGAGGCGUUUGUUUGCUGUUGCUUUUGUAAGCGGCGCAGCCAACGUUUUGACAGCCAAAUCAAAGUAACAGCAGAGACAGAGGCGGGAGCAGAGGCUCAUCAGUAGCGAGGAACGCUGAUAAGAAUUGCUGAAGCCAUUGAAAAUACAUUUAUUUAAAAAUAAAUAAAUUAUUGAUGGAGGCUGAGUGCACAAGGAGACUGUUAAAUUGACUUAACCAAACGUGUGGCGUACGGAAAGGACACAACGUCGCAUCUUGUCCAUUGCUUCCUCUUCAUAUCCAACAUUCAGACUGAUUCAACUGAUUGUGAGAGAGUGUGUAGAAAACUUGGAAACUAUAGCAAAAGGCAUUUCAAGUGGAAUGGCAACAAAUUGAAAUACGUGUCCUGCAGCAGACGUGCGGCAACAACAACAACAACAACGACAACACCAACAACUGCAGUAGAUAACAACUAGAACAUAUCAGCCUGCCAAAAAUUGUGCAGCAAAUCAGCUGGCAUUCGUUUUUGGUGCCACAUAUCCGGGCAUUGAUUAAUGUUACGUAUACGUCGCGUACGACAAUCGCCCUUUAACUGUGACCACUCCACAAUUUCCACAGGCCAUUAACAACUGCAACCGGAAUUGCGGCCAUACAUACAGCUGUCGCAUAUACACAGAAGAGCUUCCACCAAAAACUUUCAUCAUGGCAUUCAUUUGGCGACGUCGCUCCACAACAAUUGUAAAGCUGGUAGCAUUGAUGCUGGCCAUUUGGUUCUGCAUCGCAUUUGUCAUAUACACGGAUGACACGCGUCGGCGAGCGUCCGUUCAGGAGAGCAGCGGCUUUGGUGCCAGCGGCAACAAUGGCCUGAAUGCUGGCGGUGGAGGCGGCGACCCUGUUGCACUCGCUUUAAAGAACGGGCCCAUUUCCGAGGAGGAGGAAGCAGCAGCCUUCGAUGCCUUCGCUGGCAAUCGCAAUGAACUAGAGGAUGUCGCCGAUCGCGCCGCUCCACAGGAGGCGGAUGUGCCGCCCACUGCAAAACAUAAGCGUGUCAAGGUGAUACCACGGCAGCAGGCCGUCGACUCCUUGCACCGCAAUGUUGCUGCCGUUGUCCCUGUGGAGGACAAAACGGCCCAUAAGCAGCCACCAUCCAAGGAAGACGAUAAAAGUUUUUUGGAUGCACCAGUGGCUAAUCUAGAGGAUAAUCCUGGAGAGAUGGGAAAGCCUGUCAACCUACCCAAGGACAUGCCGCCGGAUAUGAAGAAGGCCGUGGAUGAUGGCUGGUCGAAGAACGCCUUUAAUCAAUAUGUUUCCGAUUUAAUAUCCGUACAUCGUUCGCUACCUGAUCCGCGCGAUGCCUGGUGCAAGGACUCCGCGAUGUAUCUGAGCAAUCUGCCCAAGACAGAUGUCAUCAUUUGCUUCCACAACGAGGCGUGGUCCGUGCUGAUACGUACGGUUCACUCCGUGCUGGAUCGAUCACCGCCAGAGCUAAUUGGUGAAAUUAUUCUGGUUGAUGACUACAGCGAUAUGCCACAUCUCAAGAGGCAGCUGGAAGACUACUUCGCCUCCUAUUCUAUGGUAAAGAUUGUGCGUGGACCGCAGCGCGAGGGCUUGAUACGCGCUCGUCUGCUGGGCGCCAAAUAUGCCAAGUCACCUGUGAUUACCUAUCUAGACUCGCAUUGCGAGUGUGCAGAGGGUUGGUUGGAGCCGCUUUUGGAUCGCAUUGCGCGCAACUCGACCACAGUCGUCUGUCCCGUUAUAGAUGUUAUCGAUGAUACGACCCUCGAGUUCCACUAUCGCGACUCCAGCGGGGUCAAUGUGGGCGGCUUCGAUUGGAAUUUACAAUUCAGCUGGCAUUCGGUGCCGGAACGUGAGAAAAAGCGCCAUAACAGCACAUCGGAGCCCGUCUACUCGCCGACAAUGGCUGGAGGUCUGUUUUCGAUAGACCGCAAGUUCUUCGAACGACUGGGCACUUACGACUCGGGCUUCGAUAUCUGGGGCGGCGAGAAUCUGGAGCUGUCCUUCAAGACCUGGAUGUGCGGCGGCACUCUCGAGAUUGUGCCCUGCUCCCAUGUGGGCCACAUAUUCCGCAAGCGUUCGCCCUACAAGUGGCGCACUGGCGUGAAUGUGCUGAAAAAGAACUCGGUUCGUCUGGCUGAAGUCUGGAUGGAUGAUUACGCCAAAUACUACUAUCAGCGCAUUGGCAUGGAUAAAGGCGACUUUGGUGACAUUAGCGAGCGCCAGAAGCUGCGCGAGGACCUGCAGUGCAAGUCCUUCCAGUGGUAUUUGGACAACAUAUAUCCGGAGCUCUUUAUACCCGGCGAUGCAGUGGCCAACGGCGAGAUAAGGAACUUAGGUUAUGGCGGUCGCACCUGCUUGGACUCGCCCUCGGGCAAGCGCAACCUGAAGAAGCCCGUCGGCCUAUAUCCUUGCCAUCGGCAGGGUGGCAAUCAGUACUGGAUGCUUAGCAAAACGGGCGAAAUACGCCGCGAUCAGGCCUGCCUGGACUAUGCGGGCAAGGAUGUGAUACUCUUUGGCUGUCACGGCUCCAAGGGCAACCAGUUCUGGACAUAUCGUGAGAGCUCGAAGCUGCUGCAUCACGGCUCUUCGGGCAAGUGCCUGGCCAUAAAUGAGGCCAAGGACAAGCUCGUCAUGGAGGAGUGCGAUGCGUCGCAUCUGCGCCAGCAUUGGAUGAUGGAGAACUACGACAGCAGUAAAUUGUGAGGCUACUUUUAUGCAAAGGGCACCGUCCUGGUGGACAGCAGGAGCAGCAGUAGCAGUAGCAGCAGCAGCAGCAUUAGCAGCAGUAGCAGCAACAGCAACAGCAGCAGCAGCCGAAGAAGGAGGACCAGCAGCAGCAGUAGACGUAUUCAUAGUUUUUAAGCGAAGGUCACGGCCCGCGAGAGUUGUGCAAUAAGCAUUAGCAGAGUAUUUGCCAUGGCUUUUAUCUGAAGCAUCAACAUGAACGAACACGCACGCACAUGCACACACCCAGAUAUAGUUGGAGAUACAGUAAUGUUGCACAUACUACCAAUUAUUUAUAUUAAAAUUCAUUUCAUAUGUCUCAAUGUGAAUUGAAGCAUGCGAUAAACUUAGCGAAAUUAGUUUGUAAGCGCACAAGCACGAAAGAGAACGACUGUUGUACAGUAGAUCCUAAGUUUUCUAAGCAUAGCACAUUAAUUAUUGUAUUUAUAUAUAUAUACUAUAUAGUUCUUUAGCGAUUUAAGCUAUAGAGUUCAACUGGCAAGUCGUAGCGCAAUUUUUGCAUUUACAAGUUAAAAACUUUUUAGCACAAUUUUUUUAUUCAAAGCAAACUUUGUGUGUGUGUGCGUGUGUGUGUGUGUGUAUGUAUUUGACAGGCCAAUAGCUGAGUUGUGCAUGCAUAAGUAUGCAUACAUAUAUGUACCAGAUAUAUUUAUCUUGUACUAUUUAUGCAUUCUCCAGACAUCUAAAUGGCUUUGCAAAAGUCAAAUUCCAAAUAUGUUUUAGUCAGUAAGUCUUGCUUUAAGUCUAUUGUUGUUGUAGUUUAUUUUUUGGAAAGCAUUUGGUGAUUUUGCCCCUCUCCGCCCCUCGCCCCUUGCCACUCGCCCCUUGUCCCUUUUUAUCAUAGCAUUCCCAACCGCCUACAAGUGUGUACUUAUCUGGCACAUCAGUUGCUCUUAUUUAUUUUGUUUUUUUAAGCUCGAUGUUCGUUUCGAAAUUAUGAGAGAAGACAAGCAGAAACCUAUGCCAAAUUAUGUUUACGAGGGUUCACAUAUAUAUUGCAUAUAUGCAUUACAACUUAUAUAUAUACAUACAUACAUAUUCAUUUGCAUUUUGUUAUGAACUCGACAAGGACUACAUAUCCCGUUUGUUAGACAACGCCAGCUUACACAGUAGAUACAUUUCGUAUGUAGCGUAUAUCAGCAGCAGUUCAGACAGACUUAUGGAUAUCACUAAAGUAUAGAGCUAGGUACUUAAUCUUAAGACACAAAUAUGCAAUAGUGCCUUCUACUUUUUACUGACAUAUUAAUGCUAACGUACUAAAACUAAACGACUAUAGAAUUGUUCGCGCCCCCAGCUCUAAUGGGUCGUCUUUUAAGUCACAAACAGAGCCGACUGUAAAUACCUACAUAUAUAUAUAAUAUAAAAGUGUACAAUUUUAUAGCGCAAAUGUAAAUAAUCAAACAGUUAAUAAUCCUGCAUACAUAUAUACAUAUAUCAAGCUAUUGUUGUCAUGUCAUGCCAUGUUUGAUUUGCGAUCGUAGGCACGUUUACAUUUAGCGUACAAACCAAAAGCCAUAAGUGUGGUUAAGAAACUUUUGAUAAUGAUUCAAUAAUACCCUAAGCGCGUAGUGAAUGUCUAGUACUUAAGCGAUUACACAAGUUGUACAAGGACACACAAAUAAAGUUACAA